AAACGAAAACUAUGGCGAUCAGUUCAUUUUUAAAUUUCAUCUUUGAAAUAAAAACUUCAAAGUUGAUCAAAAUGUUAUAUUUUCGAAGACUUUUGGCAAUCGCAUUAAUCGUUUUGGCAAUUUCAACAUUCUCAGAAUGUAGUGGAAAUGAAGACACAAGUAUCUCCGGUUCCAGUUCAUCUAACACCAAUGAAGUUAAUGAUUCGGCGCCGCAAUGGAAUACACGGGAAUAUCUGCGCUCAGUAGAUGGUCUUGUUCGCGAAAAUCAGAAGAAUCUUAUAGAUGCAUAUGCUAAAUCAACCGGAGAAGAAAGGAAGGAUUACAUUAAAGAAGUGCAGAGUGAAUGGAAAUUAUAUGCUAAAGGUUUUAAGAAUCAAAUCCGGGCUGCUCUGGACUUAGAUAGAGAUGGAAAACCCUUGAAGAAUAAGAAGAAGUAAAACUGACAUUUUUCGAAAUUGUUAAAUUGUCAUUGUAAUUUGAAAAAUAUUUAAAUUCUGCCGAAAUAAAUAAAUAGGGGGAUUUUAUAUUCGUAA